AUGGAGGUAAAUAAAGAGCCCACAGGGAGGAAGAUGAAGCUGAACGAGCGCAGCGUGGCGCACUACGCCACCUGCGAUUCCCCGCCGGACAAGACGGGCUUCCUGUUCAAGAAGGGGGAGCGGAACACCGCCUACCACCGGCGCUGGUUCGUCCUGAAGGGGAACAUGCUCUUCUACUUCGAGGAGCGCGACGGCCGGGAGCCCAUCGGCGUCAUCGUGCUGGAGGGGUGCACGGUGGAGCUGUGCGAGUCCGCCGAGGAGUUCGCCUUCGCCAUCAAGUUCGAGUGCGCCAAGGCCCGGGUGUACAAGAUGGCCGCCGAGAGCCAGGCGGCCAUGGAGUCGUGGGUGAAGGCGCUGUCGCGGGCCAGCUUCGACUACAUGCGGCUGGUGGUGAAGGAGCUGGAGAGGCAGCUGGAGGAGUUCCUGGAGGCCGCGGGGGGCGUCUGCGCCGGGGCUCCGCAGGGGAAGCCCAAGUCCUCCCGCCGCCAUCAGGUGGCGCGGUCCAGGUCCGGAGCGUCCUCUUCCUCGUCCUCUUCGUCAUCUCUAUCGUCGUCGUCAUCCAGCGUGGUGGCCCCGGCCCAGAGAGGCCUCCAGGACGAGGUGCAGCUCUCCUCCGGGAGCUCCAGGGAGAACGGAGUUGCGUGGAGCAAACCGGCCAUCGGAUUGGUCAACGGCUGCCCCGAGGGCGCCGCCUCCUCCUCCGCCGCCUGGGAGGGCGGCGCCGAGCCCGGGAACGCCGCCGCUUACGGGGCCGACGGCGCCAGGGCUCCACCGGUGCCCCCCCGAAGGAGAGGAGCCUCCCUGGAGAGCCCCGUGUCCCCCGGCACCGGCUGCUUCUCCAAACUGCACGACUGGUACGGGAAGGAGGUGGAGGAGCUGAGGGUCCAGUGGCUGCAGAGCCAGUGA